ACAGACGAGCCCAGUAACCAAAUCGCGCCCAUCAUUCGCUCGUCAUAGCCCGUCGCUAGUGAUAAAGAGAGAACGAGCAAACAUAUCAUCGUCAUUAAUAAUGCUCGUACUCGCUCGCCCUCCCCCAUCUCCUCCCCUCAACCUCUCCCUCCGCUCUCCCCUCGCCCAUGGCGAUCUCAACCCCAACCGCCUCCUCCUCCUCCUCCCCUUCCACGCCCCUCCUAACUCCAUGGCCGCGGCGACGGGAACGAGAAGAAGAAGACGACGAAGCGGAGGAGGAAGGGGAGGUCUGGAGGUGACGUGCAUGGCGAACCAGCGGAGGGUGCGCAUGGUGGCGAAGCAGAUCCAGAGAGAGCUCUCCGACAUGCUCCUCACGGACAAGGUGCUCCAAUACGCCGUCCUCCCCGAGGCCUCCCUCGGCGCCGACCGAUACCUCUCCUCCCUCACCACCAUCAGCGACGUCGAGGUCUCCGGCGACCUCCAGGUUGUAAAAGUAUAUGUAUCUGUUUUUGGUGAUGAAAGAGGAAGAGAGGUAGCUAUUGCUGGGCUAAAAGCAAAAGCCAAGUAUGUACGGAGCGAACUGGGUAGGCGGAUGAAGUUGCGACUGACUCCUGAAAUACGUUUCAUAGAAGAUGACUCUUUGGAGAGAGGAAGCAGGGUACUUGCUAUAUUGGACAGAUUGAAAGAUGAGAAGAAGCGCAUAGAAGAAGACGAUGAACAAUUUGAACAAUCCAACAUAUCUGAAGAAGAUGAAGAUGACAAGGAUGAACCAGAUGAAAGAAUCAUUUAUGUGAAAUAGCCUGCUCAUUUUGUUGAGAACUCGUAGAAGUUGAAUGAGGCUUCACAUUCAGCUGUUGCUUUAAAUCUGGAUGCCAUUGAACUGGAAGCUUAUGAUGUGCUAACACUAGCUAUUGUAUGAUGUAAAUUUUCCUCUCCUUUAAUCCCUAUACAAUUCAUAGGAAACUCUCUUUUGCUGGCAAUUCUCAUUUAAGUUUGUCACUCAAGUCUCACCACAACAUAAACUGAGCAUUUGCCAUUAAUUCUAUGAAAUGUAUUAAGAGAUAUAAUAGGUGAAGUGGUUGAAAGGAAAUUAUAAUUGUCACAAAAUGAUUGUUUCCCCAUAUAUAAUAAUGCAUUUAAUUUGGAAA